UUUAAUCGCCAGGGCGUGGAUGAUAGAUAGCUAGGGUUCUUCGCGCGGUGAUGAAAUUCGGUAAGCGAUUGCAGCAGCAGAUCGAGGAGACGCUGCCGGAAUGGCAGGACAAAUUCCUCUCGUACAAGCAGCUCAAGAAGCGCCUCAAGCUCAUCGCGGCCGAGUGCUUCACCGAUCACCCGUUUGGCGGCCACCAGGAGCAGCAGCAGCGGCGGCGGCCAGCGAAUUCCAGCAACGAGAGCAGCGGCAGCGUCACUGGGCCGGCUGCCAGUAAUGCGGAUCGUCAAUUCCAGGAGAAUGAAGAGGGGCGGGGGCUCACGAGCCAGGAGGUGGAAUUCAUCCGGCUGCUCAACCUGGAGCUCGAGAAAUUCAACGCGUUCUUCAUCGAUAAGGAGGAGGAAUACGUUAUUCGCUUGCAGGAACUCAAGGAGAGGAUCGAACGGGCGCGAGUGGAAAACGCCGAAAGCUCUUUGUCUGGUGGUCCCUAUUUUGACGAGGAGAUGCUUAAUAUCUGGAAGGACUUAGUCACCUUUCACGGGGAGAUGGUGCUUCUCGAGAACUAUAGCUCGCUCAAUUACACAGGCCUGGUGAAAAUCCUAAAGAAGCACGACAAGACAACAGGAGCUCUCUUGAGGCUUCCAUUCAUUCGCAAGGUCCUGCACCAGCCGUUUUACAAGACGGAGCUCCUCUCCAAGCUCGUCCGGGAGUGCGAGAGCAAUCUCCAGUCCAUCUUCCCGGCUGCGAUGCUGGGCGAGACGGUGAUCGAUGCGCCAGUUUCCAUGGAUCCGGCUAAAGUGAGAGACUCGUCACAAGCUGGAGUAUCAUCGUCGGUGGCAGCAGUGGGAUCAUCUUCAUCAGCAGCAGCGAAGGAGGAAGAAGUGGAAGAACAAAAAAAAGAUCUCGAGCGCGAGGGAGGAGGCGAUGGAGAGAGAGCAGAGUGCUCGUCCCCAAAGCAGGAGGAUGGGAAUAUGGAAGGGAUUUACAGGAGCACAGUGGCAGCGCUCCACACUAUCCAGGAGCUUCGCAAAGGCAGCUCCACUUACAGCCCACUCUCGCUGCCGCUCUUCAAUCGCGAGGAGAAUCUGGGCGUCGUGGUGGACGAGUCCACUGUGUCGUGCUAGCGGCGAGCUCUUGAUCGAAUACAAACUCGCUGGCGCUUGUACCCUGGUUUUCAUAUUUUCUGGCGCGUCAAAUCUGGACCGUUGGUGUGUUUAGGGUUCUUGGAGAGUUGAAGCUCGAGACCUUUACAAGCAAGCCUAUGGUCGAAUCAAAGUUAACCUUUUUUAAAA